AUGCUUGCGGAUGUCCUUCCCAGUGACAUCUGGAUCACUAUCCUCCACCAUCUCGAGGUCGCCGACCUCGCCAAGCUCGCACAGACGUCACGAUAUUUUUUUACCUUGGUAAACGAAUAUGGCUGGAAGAUCCAUCUGAAGGCGAACUCUCGGACUGCAUGGAGCCUAUCCAAAUCCCUGCAGCUUUGGACACCGUACGCACAGGUCCGACAUCACACGAUCACCGAUCGUAAUUGGUCGGCCCCCCGUUUCGUCGCGAGGCCCUUAGCGUCCAAAUGGACGGGCAAGCUCCAACCCCAUCUCGCCAUUAAUGGCUCUCGCCUAUUCGUAGCCGCUGCUAGCCACAUCUAUUCAUACAAAUUCGGGCGCUCAGAAGACCCGGCUUCCGCCCCGAGCAUCCAGUUCGAGUGCGCGUACAUGACCAACAGGGUCCUGCAGGCCGCCCGCGAUAUCACGAGUAUAGAGUGCGUCCCCGAUGGUGGGUUCGAUCGCACUGUAUACGUGGGAUACGCUGAUGGCACGCUCGAGCGUGUUGUUCUGCCCGCGUGCAAGCCUGGCGCUCAGAGCCCCGUCCACCCCGAAGCCACCCAUCGGGAGAAGAAGCCGUAUCACGGCACUGACGCGGUCGAGAGCAUCUCGACCAACGGAGACCACAUCCUCUCCUUGUCCUCGAGCGGCACUGCGGUCUUCUUCUCGAACUCCGUGACCGACUCUCCACCGCAGUUCAUCGAGCUUCGCGUGCGCAGCUGGGCCACGCAUCUCUCGAAUAAACACGCGGUCCUCGGCGCGUCGUCACUAACGCCGCUCACGGUGCACGCCCUUCAGGAAUCCCGCAUUUCGUCCACCCCGUCCCACAUCCUCACAAACUCCACGCACGAUGACCACCCGCGCGCGUCCGCGGUAUACGGCAUCAGCGGUGCGCCCCGAUCCGCGCCCUGGGGUGCGUCCGAGAGCGUGGUCAUCUCGGGGUGGUACGAUGGUGUCGUGAACGUGCACGAUCUUCGGUCCUCCCGCCGCGCUCACCGCAUCCCCGGCGUGUCCUCAUACCCAUCCGGUGGGGCGCUCUACCCGGUGAUGAGCAUGUGCGACCCCUGGCUGUUCGAGCCCAUCUACGACGUCUCUGCCGGCGGCGGCAACGGGUGCCACAUCGCGGCGGGGACGGCGCGGCACAGCGUGGUCGCGUUCUGGGACGUCCGCGCGGCGAACCGCGGGUGGAGCGUACAUGCGCCUGGCAACGACUCUUCGCCGGUGUACUCGGUGAAGCUGGAGAGCUCGCGGCUCUUUGGUGCGACGCAGUCGAGGCCGUUCGUGUUCGACUUUGGUCCGGGGGCGAAGGAGGAGACGUAUCCCCCGCUGACGAGACCGCCCAAGGAGGACGGGCUGAAGCGCCGCGAUAGCAGCGGGGUGGGCUUCUAUGUGACGAGAUAUGGACACACGCGUCCCCACUAAUACUAGAAGAACUAAGAGAAUGUACAAUACGGAUCCGUCAAAUGCUGUUUCGGACAAGAUAUCUGUAUGGAAAGUGUAUACCAG